CUGAAAAAAGUGGAAAAUUAGUUUUGUACUAAAUUCGAUUUUAAGACAUCCCAGGAUGCCGAUCAGUCAACAGGAACCGCACCGUUUGGCCAGCACGCCAAGUUGUUGUCCUGUGUUCUCGAAGAGUCACACGAGCAACACAUAUCAUAGCUACACUGAUCUGGAUCUGAAACGAUCUUCCAGGGACGAGCUUAGCUGCGAUCACUGGCAGUUCUGUGAGAAAGUUCCCAAUCGCUCUGAAGUGGAGGCUGACUCCUUAGGCAGUACUGUGGGUCUCGUCUGCUCGAAUACUACCUUGAAUAAUCCCUGCGGAAGUUCUCCGAUGCAGCAGGUGGCGAAUGCCGUAAAUUUCGCCACCUAUCUGAAGGCUUUUGCCUUAAUAUAUGUUCUGCCGGAAGUGGAUUGGACUGAAGAGAAGAUAGACAUGUUACUAGCCGAGGGCAGUGACUUAUUCCGAGCUAGCUCAAAAAUAGAACAAGGAGAGGCUAACGGAGAGGAAAACAAGUUGAUCGGGCCGGAAAUUUACACCGACGAGGAAAAGAGAAUAAAGAGGAAUUUUAAUCUUGAAGGACACGCGUUUACUUUGGCUCUGGAACCUCGUUAUGGGGGGGUUGGAACGAAACCCAACGAGCAGCAACCCCCGCAUACCAUCAAUAAUUUAAGAGCCGUCCUGCAGAAUUUCUUCAAGUCCAGUCGGUACUGCCUCCUUUUGACCCGAGUUGGCCACCUACUCAUCUGGCGGCGCAGAAAAGUUUUCUUUGUCUUGGAUGUAAAGGGAAGAAACAAGGAUGACCUGGUGGCGGUCAAGAAUAACGGUGUGGCCAUGCUUGUUUGCUUGAAAACCUUGGACAAUGUUGUCCAUCUGGCGAGCAACUUGAGUGACAUUUCUCCCAAAGAUGAGUUCUGCAUUCGAGAACUGGUGGUUGUGCGUUUGGAGACACCCGAUGGGCGCAUUUACAUGCGCGACACUAAGCACCGAUCCAUCGAUUUCAAGGUUGUAAACAAAAGCUAUGCCUAUCUAAAGGCCACUCUCCAUCUCUCGCUGAACCACAAUGUACCGGUAAGGAAUCGCAGCAGCUUGAUGGUGGCCGUUGGCUCAAUCCUGGCCAGCAAAAUCGAUCAUCCUGCCAAUUGGGACAUCAAUAUGUUGGAUCGUUUAAUCAGCUAUGGAGUGGAGCUAUGCCGCAGUUGCUGGUCAGAUUGUUUGAGGGAUCGACGCCCCAUUGAUCUGGACACAUUUCCCACACAACUUCGAAUGGGACAAUAUGUGCUUGAACUGAAGCUGAUCCCGAAUGUGAGGGCAGGGCACUGGAAAUGUGGCGUCCGAAUCGCUGGAACAGACUUUGAAGCCCACAUCUCGGAGGCUCUCAAGGAGUUUCGGAACUUGGUGUUUCAGAUCAACAACCAGAUGUAUGCUAUCUGGAUCAAAGAUGGCUUCUACUACCUCCUCGAUCCCUACAGACACACUAUUUUGGGCACCCAUGUUAUGGAGGACAAGGCCGAAGGCUCUAAGUGGGCCACGGUGCGCAUGUUCAGCGAUCAGCUGACCAUGCUCAGUGUGUUCCACCAGUUGCUGAGGGAGUCCAACAGACAGUCGGCCUACUAUCUGCACGUGGUGCGUAUUCGUAAUCUUGCCGAAUGUCCAGAGGGAUUUGCCUUGGCUCCACUGCCUGAGGGAGUGGAAAACUACGACGUGAAGUCCUUGAACGAGCCCAUCCUGUUUAAUGAACAGCAAGGAGUGGGUGUCUGCGAUAAAUCUCUGGCGAAUAUUAGCGACUACGAGGAUGAUAUAAUUAGCCGCACGGAGGCUGAACUCGACAUUGAGAAAUUUCGACUAUUCGACGAAGGAGAAAGGGAUGUGGAGUGUGAAAUGUGCGAGGAGUGUGAGUUCGAGGAUGAUUCCUUAAAGAGAUCGAAAUUCAAAAUGGCCACUUUGAAAAAGGAGCAGCAGAAGAGAAAAUACAUUGGAAGCUUCCUUAAACAAAAUGAUCAGGGGAAGAUUGAAAUGGAAAUCUAUGGAAUGAAUAAAAAAUAUGAGGGACACACCAGGCCUACAUCAAAAAAAGAAAUAUUCAGAAAGAGUUCUAGACAGACAGGUGGUAGAUCAAACAGUCAUUCCCCUGUUAAGACCACUCUACCAUCUACCUCUAAAGAACAAUCACGUCCAAACAGGUCAGGUUCCAAAUGUAAAGAUGUAUCCCCCAGCAGGCUAACGAAAAAAUCUGUAAAGCUCCCCAGGGAAACUGGCGGCAUGCUGUCCAGCCAUUCUCCCGUUAAGCCACCUGUACGAUUCAGAUCUCAGGAAGUGCUAUCUACUGGCAGCAGUAUUAAGCAAAACAAUUCUCCAGAACGUUCAGGAUCUAGAGAAGGGUCUUCUGGAAGAAUGGUAAAAAAGGAUGUAAAAACCACUCGACAAACUGGAGGCAUGUCACCAAGAAAUUCUCCUGCGAAGUCCCCCACACGCUCAAAGUCUACAGAUCGGUUGCCACCUGGAAGGAUUAUCAAGAAAAAUAUAAAAUCUCCCAGGGAAAUGGGCCGAAGAUCUUCCAACAGUUCUCCUUCCAAGUCCCCUGCACGUGCCAAGUCCAGACACAAGACAAUUCCUGGAAAGAUGGCUGUUCCUUCGCCCAAAGUGGCGAAAGCCAAAGAGGAAAUCGUACCAGCUAUUGCCCCCAAACGCACCAACGAUGCAAGCAGAAAAAACACCAUGGACAACCUGGUGGUCAGAAAGACACCAAUUGAAAUGGACGGAGAGUCUCCAUACAAAGCCGUAAUGCUCAUAACAAAAGCCCCCACAAAAAAGCCCACUCUGAAAGAUGCAAAAGAUAUAGUCUUACCACAGAGUAGUAUACUCCAAAAAGCCGUAGCUGGAUCCUAUGGUCUUGGAGUGGCUCCUGUGGCCACCGCUCACCUAAAUACACCCGUUGUCUCGGAUUUCGUCCGACAAUUAGACGAAGUAGAGACGGCUGAUAGGAACCCCACGGAAGAUGUUCAAAAUGUGGAGGAAACAACUGAACGCCCUAUAGAGGGCUCAUACGGUGGCGCGGAAAAUCAUACGGGGGAAAACGACUGCCAAGCCUCACUGCUCAGAUUUCCCGGAUUUAAUCGGGUGCCUCAGCGCUUGGCCGUCGCAGGGUCCGAGAGUGGAACCAUGGAGAGCCUUACCAAAUUGCUGGGCACCGCUUUCAAGGUGGCCAAUCGCGUGCUUACGAUGACUCCGUGGGGCAACUACAUUGUCUUCAGGCAUCGCCACAACCGACCAGACUCGGUGGCCACGUGGUUUUACCUGUUCGAUGGCUGCACCUGCGAUUUCGAUCGCUUUCGAUACCUAGAUCUCUCAUGUGGCACAGCCGGCUUGAUCGCCUUUCGGAAACAAUCGGAGGUGGUGUGCCACAUUAUCGAUUCGCGGGAGGAAAAGGCCCUACAGAUGCUACACAACACCUUGGCGGAUCCUCCCCAUGAAAGGAUGCAAAAGCUGUUGGCUCGAUGACACCCGUCUAGAUCUACUGUUCAAGUUUUAUUUGGAUAGAAUCAAAUCUUGAGUAAACCAAAAUUUUGAAGAAACUAAAUUCAAAGCAAUAGGUUUUUACAAGUUUUCCCAAUAAAGACGAUCAGACCGAA